CUACUGACACCUGUGCUGCUAGACUGUAAGCUCUUGUGCUUAGCUCAUUGCAUAUACAGUGUCUUGUAUUUGGGUUAAUAUCAUUCCAGCUGGAAUAGUUUGAGUAUCAGUCACUGGGCCUGGGCUGUGUUUGUCUGUGAGGUUUGUGCCUGGAGCAGCUGAGAUUCUGGCAGAGAGCCAGUCCCUUCACACCUGCUCCAUGUUCCUUGGCUUGUGCCUCACACCUCCACAUUCCUCCUCCUGGAGCCAAAAAGAGAGAAAGCAAAAUGCUGGUGUCAGUGAUAAGUGGGAGCAAUUGAUCUCCACUGAGCGCGGAAGCUGCUGAUCGCUCGCUGCGGCCUGUGGGUGGCGCCUGACUCCUCCGGCCUGACUUUAAAGCAGCCGACUGUGCGAGCGUUUUGCAGUCGCUGCAGCUGCAGGAUUAUCUCCCUUCCUACUGACAAGUCUGCUCCCUCCAAGGGCUCUCCCUGGUCGCUGCCCCACACCAGCAGGAAUGUAUCAACCUGGUCAUCUCUGAACCCCAAGGAUUAUUUGAAAGAACCCCUUUAUUUUUUUGGGGGUAAAAAGAGAAGGAAGUUUAAUUUCUUGUUCUAUGCAGAGUUUGCUGCUUCUCAUUGGGGGUUCAUGGAGCUCAGAGCAUUGAUUCUGCUGGGGAUUAUUGUUACCUCCAACACAGGUUUUGCUGUUGUGUCUCUGCCCCAACCACCGGGGGGCAAACUGUUAAACCAGUUACUAAAGGAAGGAGCAAGGAAAGGGAGUCGAGGGGAGAAGGAAUCUGAGACCAACCCCCUCCAGCCUACAGGGUCUGUGCCUUUGGGUACAGCAUCUCCAGGACCCCAAGGGACUCCAAUUCCUGGAUAUGAGCAGAGGAGCCGCACCUCACAUCUGCCCGGGGAUUCUGGGGGAGCCCACAGGAGAGAUCGGCGUUGCACCUGUUAUACAUACAAGGACAAGGAAUGCGUAUACUACUGUCAUCUGGAUAUCAUAUGGAUCAACACCCCUGAGCGAGUAGUUCCUUAUGGACUUUCCAACUACAGAGGGAAGCGUUCCGCAGUGAGAAGGAGCCGGAGUUCCGAGCCCAGGUCAAGGUGUUCAUGUGAAGACAUCGGUGACCGUCAAUGUGUCUACUUCUGCUCCACCACUGAGAACAGGAGAAGGGAUCAGACCUCAGCAGUCUGGACACAGAAGGACAGCAUAUUAGACCAGAAGAGAUUACUUGCUGAAGCCUGAGACCAGUGGGAACCUACAACACAGGUUUGGAGAAGUCACUUAGGAGCCGUGAUUUACAGAGACAAUUGUGAUUAAUGUUGCAGAACAGAACUGUAGGCUGAAACCGCAGACGCACGCAGAUCCUGCUAGCCAUCGAGCAUUCGGCGAAGGCUUACGAGCCAUGCGAAUAUAUUAUUUUACCACUAUGUCCUUACCUCAUAUAUGGUAUUAAUGCACAGGAAUAAAAAAAAACAUGAUUUAUUAGAGAAGAUUAAAACAAAUAUACAGUAUAUAUUAAUAAUAUGUUCAGGGACCCAAAACAACGCUGGUUCCUGAUGAAGAAAAUCAACUGAGCCACAUGGUGCCCAAAAAGGGUGCUCUUAUACACUGCAAACUGCUCCAAACUCACCAAUAUCAACAGACAGAGCCCAAGCAAGAGGCAAAUCUCAUUGGGAAAUGAACCUCUACCGGCACCAGUUUGCCACAUAAGCUCUCACUCAACCAAAGCUUCACUUCACGUACCCAACCCACUUUGCCUAACUUCUCCCCCUGCUUGAAAAGGGUGAAGAAAUGCAAUUACUUUCUGCAAUUGAUACAGAAUACCUACCACUGAGCUUGACAUCCACACUUAAGCCGCAGAGCUGUGGACCCCAGAUGGAAGCAAAAAAAACUCUUUCAUUUGAAGGCUUGAACAAUAUUAAUAGGCAUCGCUUGCUGAAGCUGAAGCAGAAACCAACAAGCCUCGUCCACCCAACAAGCAGGGUCUGUGAAAAGAGAAGUGUUAACUAAACAUUGAGGAAAAAACUGAAUUAAAAAAGUGUUAAAAUAAUUAUAGAAAAAAAAAUGCAGAAAAUCCUUGGUCUCCUGUAUUUAUGUAUUCAACGUGUAUAGUGAUUUAUAAUAACGUUAUAUUCCAAGGAAUCCAUCUAACACCGCUUCUGAUAUACAUCUUUCCUAAGAGAAUUAUGACUGAUAAACAUAUAUUUUUUUUGUUUCCAAGCGUUAUGAAGAGCUGCGUAUUUUUAAAUAUGCUUUUAACAAGUCUAUAAGCGUGAAGAAUUUUUCCUCUUACAUUUGAAAAAAAACUUGGGGGUUUAUUUAUCAAAGUCCGAAUCUAUCUCAAUAUUUUCUGCUACAAACUCCAA